AGAGGCUCACAGGCUCAUCUGUCCAGGGUCACUGGCCACUCACUGACUUUUAAACAACAUUGUUCCUCUAGUUUUUGUGGAGUUUGUCUGUGGAGAAUGCUCUCGCAUGUGCUGUGGGCGGUCUGGGUCCCGUCGUUCUGCUUCCUACAAGGCAGGUUGGGGUUCUGUAAAGAGAUGAAGCUUCCGAGCAGAGCAGUGAGGCCUCCGUCCCCCUCAGACUUCCUGGACAAACUCAUGGGUCGGACGUCAGGGUACGACGCCCGCAUCAGACCCAACUUCAAAGGACCUCCUGUGAAUGUCACCUGCAACAUCUUCAUUAACAGCUUUGGAUCCAUCACUGAAACCACCAUGGACUAUCGCCUGAACGUGUUCCUCCGGCAGCAGUGGAACGACCCCCGCCUGGCCUACAAGGAGUACCCCGACGACUCCCUGGACCUGGACCCCUCCAUGCUGGACUCCAUCUGGAAGCCUGACCUGUUCUUCGCUAAUGAGAAGGGAGCCAACUUUCACGAGGUCACCACGGACAACAAACUGCUGCGCAUCUUCCAUAACGGAAACGUCCUCUACAGUAUCAGGCUCACUCUGAUCUUGUCCUGUCCAAUGGAUCUGAAGAACUUCCCUAUGGACAGUCAGAUCUGCACCAUGCAGCUGGAGAGCUUUGGGUACACAAUGAAUGACCUGAUAUUCCAGUGGCUGGACGUGGGCGCUGUGCAAGUGGCUGACGACCUGAUGCUACCUCAGUUUGUACUGAAAGAGGACAAGGACAUGGGCUACUGCACCAAGUACUACAACACAGGUAAAUUCACCUGCAUCGAGGUCAAGUUCCACCUGGAGCGGCAGAUGGGAUACUACCUGAUCCAGAUGUACAUCCCCUCGCUGCUCACAGUCAUCCUAUCCUGGGUCUCUUUCUGGAUCAACAUGGACGCCGCGCCCGCCAGGGUGGGGCUGGGGAUCACCACCGUGCUCACCAUGACGACCCAGAGCUCCGGGUCAAGGGCUUCACUUCCCAAGGUGUCGUAUGUAAAGGCCAUAGACAUCUGGAUGGCCGUAUGUCUCCUGUUCGUCUUCGCCGCGCUGCUCGAGUACGCAGCCGUUAAUUUUGUCUCACGGCAACACAAAGAGUUCUUCAGACUGAGGAGAAAGCUGAAAGAACAACAGCGGCAGGGACCCCAGGGUGGCUGUGACAACAAAAGCAAGGGGAACCACCAACCAGGCAACAGCGCCGCCCAGGGGAACGCGCCCAUGCCGUGCAGCGUGUGCGCCAGGGAGGAGGAGCUGGCCCAACAGAACCAGAACUUCUACUUCCCUGGUUAUGGGAUGUCGUCGGACGGAGCGGAGAUGGACGCGGCGCCCGUCUUCGCUGACUUCCCUCCUGGCUUCUCCUUCUACCAGAUCCGCCGGCGCUUUGUGGACCGGGCCAAGCGGAUCGACACCAUCUCCAGGGCCGUGUUCCCUCUCACGUUCCUGAUCUUCAACGUCUUUUACUGGCUCACGUACAAGGUUCUGCGACACGAAGACAUUUGACUCGUUUUUAAGAACAAACAUUUAGCAUUUAUGGAAAACCACCAGAAGACACAGCUGAACUGACGACAGUGAACUCUGUAGAACUCUUGGUCAAAUCAGAUGUGCCCAUGGAAGCUGUAAAUCAAUUAAUGUUAUUUAUUGAUUUACACUUCAGUGAAACUGCAGACUUGCACUGUUAUUUCUGUGCUGUAGCUCAUUUUACUGUCACAACUGUUAGGGCACAAGGCCAGGAGUUGAGUCAGGAAUGCAUGCUAAAUCUUUAUUAAGUAUUUCACAAUCUGUUUCUCUUGUGGACUGGCAGCACUCAUUGACUAGGUAGCCAACAGAUUCAAAAAGGCAAAACGCCAGAUAAUACCAAACAUGUUAGAGAAAUGUCUGACCGGCAAGAGACUAUUUAUACUGCAGGUACAGGUGACAUGAAAAAAGCUGACUAAAUGAUUCUGGAAUUACCUUUUUAUCACAGUGGAAGGUUACAUAGAGGAGAACUAACUUAUUCAUGUUACCUAAAUUCAUGACUGCUGUUGUUGGGACUGACAAUAAAGUUAAAGAUUGAUGUU